CACUCGCUUCACUAGUUUGUCGCUGAGCGACAAGAGCUAUGAAAGAUAACACUCGCUCGGCGAUACUCGCCAAGCGAUUAGAACUCACGCCGAACCACCGCCAACCAGUGGUCAUUUCUCUACAGUGCGUAUCUGAAAGUUUUUUUUUAAUUUAAUAUGAAUAUCGAAAAAUCAUUUGAAUUAUCAUUGUUAUCUAGUUCAGACGACGAUGAUGAUGAAUUCUAUGAUAGGAUUUGUGUAGUGGCUGCGGCAAUUCUGAAUAAACGUAAGGAAAAAAUGAAGAAAAAAAAAAGAGUAUGGAUGGAAAAUAUUAAUUAUUUCAGAAAAGAAUGCAGUGAAUUCAAACUAUUAACAAAUUAACAAAUCAUGGCUUUCGCACAUAUUUUAGAAUGACAAGAGACGAGUUUGAAUAUUUGCAUAGUUUAAUAGAAGAUGACAUUAAAAAAGAAAAUACAAAUUAUAGAGAAGCUAUUGGUACAAGAGAGCGUCUCGUCAUUACAUUAAGAUAUCUUAUAACCGGAACUACAUAUACAGCAUUGUCAAAAAGCUAUAGAAUAGGCCGUUCUGCGCUCUCCGAAAUAAUACCAGUAGUAUGUGAAUCUUUAUGGAUCAAGUUGCAGCCAAAAGUAAUGAAGCUCCCUACUGAACCCGAAUGGAAAGUUAUAGCAAAAGACUUUUAUGAUUUGUGGAAUUUCAAUAAUUGCCUUGGUGCAAUUGAUGGCAAGCACGUGGUAAUUUUUUCGCCCCGUAAAUCGGGAUCACAGUACUUUAACUACAAAAAAACAUUUUCGAUUGUACUGUUAGCAAUUGCUGAUGCUCAUGGAAGAUUUAUAAUGAUCGAUGUUGGAUUCACAGAUAGUAAUUUCUACAAUGUGUUGCAAAACAAUGGAUUGAGAUUACCCGCAGAUGAACCCCUAUAUGAAGGAGGUUUGCCUCAGCCUUAUGUUUUUAUUGGUAACUGUGCAUUUCCGUUGAUGACACAUUUAUUAAAACCAUAUCCUGAUCAUGAAAGGUUGGAUAAAGACCAGUUAAUAUUUAAUUAUAGACUGAGCAGAGCACGCCGAAUGGUAGAAAGUGCGUUUGGUAUGUUGGUGCACAAAUGGCGUAUCUUUUUUAGGCCAUUAGAUGUUAAAAUAAGUACCGCCAAAAAAAUUGUAAAGGCUGCGUGCGUUCUACAUAACUAUGUAUUACAGAAUGAAAUCGAAAAGGCGCCUUCACAGUCAGUUUUUUCUGAUAAUAUGUCAAGAAAUUACUCCGAGGUAUCUGAACAAAACUCCGCAGAUUUUGAAGACGGCUUUUUUGUGAGAGAAUAUUUCAUGGAAUAUUUUAAUUCCGUUGGAACAGUUUCGUGGCAAAAUAACCGUGUGCAAAAUGUAUUAGAUUCUGAUAGGAUAACACAUAACUUACAUUAGACUCUGCAAAAUGAAUAUUGAUUUAACUAUAGGUAUAUGUUGUGUUAGAUGUAUGUUAAAUAAAAAACUUACCACUUUC